AUGAUCAUCUGCAUAGGGCCCAUCUGCGUGCCUAUAUGGCACCUGGGCAUCUUGCUCCUCAUGUUGGCGAAGCCCCUGAUCCACUUAUUCAAAAUACUCACCGGAUGGGAAGCACAAGACUCUGCAGCACCAGAAAAAGGCGACAGUGGAGGGGGGGCGACGGCUACCGAUGGCGUCAAGCAGGUGAACUUUCGAGAAUUAGUCAAAGCAAUGUACUCUGGGAUUUUCGCUUCCGUGAACGUUGACGAUUUUCCGGACCAUCCGGACGCCCCUUCGAUGCUCCCGACCUUCAAAGUGUACAGAGAUAAGGGCUAUGCAAUCGACUCACUCUCUACUCCUCGUUGGCUUGCUGUGCUUGCGACUCAGCUGACGGGGGCAAGUCCAGAUAAGCUGGAGGCCCUUGUGGCGCGCCAUGCCGCAAAGAACUAA